AUGGGCGUCGACGCGGCGUCGAUGUCCACGCGCGCGUCGAAUGGGGGGGCGCGAUUCACGGCGACGCACGAGUGCGUGCGGGCGACGACGACGGACGGACGGACGAUGACGUGCGAGAUCGCGAUGGCGGACGGGGCGUUCGAGGCGAUCGGGGACGCGCGUGGGGUGGAGGUCGUGACGGCGGUGGGGGCGCGGGCGCGGCGCGGGGAGACGCUCGCGCGGGUGACCUGGAGCGGGUACGCGCGCACGGCGGGUGACGAGCUGUAUCACUCCGUGUGGGCGAACGCGACGGGGGUGCGAGAGGUGAAGGCGCCGUUUGAUUGCGUGGUGAAGCGGUUUAAUGAAAAGGCGAUGCGAGACGCGUACAGGGAGGUGCGAGGACCGGAGACGUGGCUCGUGGAGGUGGAGGCGAAGAACGGAGAGUUAUCGACGCUCCUGGACGAGGAUGAGUACGAGAAAGUGCUGGAACGAGAGGAGCUCGAGGCGGCUGAUCGCGCAAACGCGGCGUAUCCGUGA